AAUAUGACAGAUAUCAAAAAACAAUUAGAAAAAUUAAAUAACAUUCGUAAAAAACUCGAAGAAUAUAAAAACAAAGUAGAAGAAUAUCGGGCGGAAGCAGUGAAUUUAGUGCCAUUAUUUUCUCAUGCUUAUGAUUUGGCUACUAGUAAAACUAAUGAAGGAAUAGAAGAAAGAGAAUUAACAAUCCAUCAAAAUCUCUUAAAAGCAGCCGAAGAAAAAUAUCAGGAACUUCAACAAGAACUUCAAGACCAAAUUCAAGCAUUAGAGGCAAGCAAUAAAUGUCGAAUGACACAAAUACUUUCAGAAGAGGGGCUAUUAAUACCAGUUACUCCUAUUUGGAUUGGCGAUAAUGUGAUUUCUCAAGUAAAAACUGAAACCAAAGAAGGAUAUAAUGCUUGUCAAAUUGCGUUUGGUGAUUGCACGGAAAAAAAUCUUAAUAAGCCUAAAUUGGGGCAUUUAAAAAAAAAUAAUGUUUCACCCAAAAAACAUUUGCGGGAAAUAAGAAAUAUGACGGGAUUUGUUGUCGGCUCUCCAAUUGAUUUAUCCCAUUUUGAAGUAGGAGACGAGGUUGAC